UGCGGCGCGAACGAUGCGAGCGCGCGGAACGAAUGCACGACGCGGUGACCAUCGAUGCAUCGGCGCGCGCGCGCGGACGGCGCGUCGAUCGCGCGUGCAGCGCGCGCGAACCGAGCGCGCGCGAUUAGGGUCACGGUGCAGCGCGAUGUCGUCGACUGCGUGCGGGCGCGCGCGCGGGCGCGAGCGCGGGUGGUGCAGACGACGACGGCGCUGGGUGAAAAGUAUUUCGUUCGCGCGGCGCGAUCGGUGACUGACGACGUGUGAACGCGUGAAAACGCGUGUUUCGCGAGCAGCCAUGGUGACCCCGCUCAUCAAGCACAAGAUCGUCAAGAAGCGAACGAAGACGUUCAAGAAGUACCAGUCGGAUCGGUACAAGCGCAUCGCGAACGUACGUGAUAGAAAACGAUGCGAAAUAUUCGAAUGGCGUCGACGCGCGCGGCGAGAGCGAUGA